UGGUAUCUAGACUGGGUUAAGGGAUCCGUGCACGAAUGGGCCGUUUCCCCCUAGUACUAGACCACCUAAACUUUUUUCUGUUCCAGAACGUGGAGGCCCCCAUUAAAUCCGGCGCAGCCGCUAAAGGGACUUCACUUUUAAGGGUUCAAUUCCCGCUGAUCUGAUUUGAUCUGACCAGAAAAUCGCAUCUUUUUUCCGUUCGUCUGCGCCGAUAACAACAAGGCUCGUUGACUACUGUCUUAUAACCCGUCCCUCUCACAAAAUCUUUCAGCGACUAUACUCAACCAGAAACCACCGUCAAGAUGGGUAAUGGAGCCAAGGCACAACAGAAGCGUGAGCGCAACGCAAAGGAUGGCAAGGUUGCCAAGUCCCAGCUCAAGACCAACGAGAAGGCCAUGAACAUCCAGUGCAAGAUCUGCUUCUCGACAUUCCUUGCCACAAGUCGUGUUCCCCAGCUUACCGAACAUGCUCAAAAUAAGCACAGCAAGACCCUAGCCGAUUGCUUCCCGAACUACGAGGCGAAAUAGACAGUUUCUCCCACUACAAUCGCAUAAAACGACAUAUCAGACUCGGUGUGGAGCUGGUAACGCGAUAUACAGACCUUGACGGUUGGUGAGCACAGCGAAGGCGUACAUUGGUAUCAAGGAAGAACAGAUCAGACAGCGUUGAUUUGACGAGUUGACGAGCAAUGAAGUUCCACGCAUUCAAGGAACCCCCCUAAAUAUUUUUGUAUACACUCUCUCUCUCUCUCUCUCUCUCUCUCUUUCUCUCGCUCAGUGCGCCUCUACAGCCGCUGGCUGAGAUUGUCUCGUCU